UUUAGAAGCAUGAUGAUGGCAUGAAGAAGGAUCCACUCACCAAGUUUGCGAUCAUUGUUUGUCAUAGAGACUAACUUUGACAUGAGUUCGUUGCCUCAGACCUUCCCAACUACAACUCCUACUCUGAAUCCGACUCCUGACAAUAUAGAAGGAGGUGCACCCUUUUCUUCCAUCCCUCUCAAAUGCUACGCCAAAGUGAUUCCCAACACCGAAAAGGUGGGCUUCAAUUCCCAGGCAAAGAGAUUUCAAUACCCUGAGGUUGCAGUGGAUCUUUGCAAACAGAACUAUAAACUUGGUGCCAAGUCUGUCUUCUCAUCAAAAACAAAACGGACCAUGUCAUGUAGCAGCAAGGAACCAGUGCCUUCUCCAUGUCACUACCGAAUUAAAGACUCCCUGAUCAGGGUGUCUCCUCCAGUGCUGGUGUCCUGCUUUAGAUCCAAAACAGGUCGUACAAUCGAUCCAGAAACUCUGAGCCCAGGACCAGCAGCCUAUCAGCAGGCGGUGGAAACUCCAAUUGGACCAUCAAAGAGGUUCUCUGGACUGAGAAAGUGCGUCUUGAAUUUCUCGGCCCCAGCUAUCCCACCCCCCCAAAAUCCACCUUUACCAGGGCCCGGCCAAUAUGACAUAGUGGACUAUAGAGGACCUCCUAAGCACUACAUCUCCAGUGCUGUAUUUGUUUCGAACACCAAACGCUGGACAGGUGAUAAAUUCCACAAAGGCAUACCUGGACCAGGUGAGAAUAUAACUGCUAUUAAAUGCCCCUAUAGCAAGCCAGACAGUCAUCCGUUUGAGAAGAAGAAUGAAAGUGAAGCUCAAAAAAGGCCAGCUGGUUGGCUGGAGAGGCCAAGAGCGAGCGAAAAAGAAAAUCAGAACGGAAGAUUGACAAAAGGAAACUACAGGCAUAUAAUAAGGGUGUCAGGAUAUCUUCAGGGCAUGGUCAAAAAAGUCAAGAUGGCAGCCCUGAUG